GGAAUCAUUCAGGCGUAGACACAACAUGAGAGAGAUGACGUAAGUGACACGGCGGUUGAGGAUUGGAAAACCAAAUUGCCAGCAACGUGUCAGGAUUAUAUUUCAAAGAUAAUGCGGAUGAGACGGGCUUGUUUUAAAGGGAUACGAUGCAGGCAACGCUUAAGAUUAAAUUCAGCAAUGAGAUUCUUAACACUGUGUCAUCAAAGAAGAACAAUCUGGUGUUUUGGCAUCUUCGUCACAGUUGUGGUUUUCCUUCAUUUCAACUAUCUGACACUUGAUUCACAAUAUUACACUGCCUGGUUGUCGAUGAAAUACAAGCAAAAUGAACGGAAUAUUUUCAACUGGAAAACCAACAAAGCCGGCAAUGAGAUUACGGGGAAUGUUUCGAAAGUAAUUGGCACUAGCCACAUGCCAUUAUUAUCAUCAUCUUCAUCAUCAUCUUCAUUAUCUUCUUCAUCAUCAUCAUCAUCAUCAACAUCAUCAUCAACAUCAAAGACGAUGAUUUCAAUGACAACAUCUAGUAACAGACUAGACGAAAGAAAACUCUCUACACUUCUAUUGCAGAGUAGCAGCAAAUCAUUAACUACAACCAAUUUGACUGUACAACGUGUUACGACUACAACACCCACAACGACCACAAUUUCGUGCUCUGAUCCAUUUUUGGCCACGUUUCAACGAGAGAAAAAAUUCGUAUAUGAAAAUAUCCCAGGAGGUCUUGGAAAUCACAUGUUUCAGUACGCGUCUGCUUACGGCAUAGCCAUUCGACUCAACAGAACCAUGUUGGUUGAAAGGAAAAGGUCACUGAAUAAUUGUUUUGAUCUUGAAGCCAUUAAAAUAGAUGAAUGCAUUAUCAAGGUAGCAAAGGUAAAGCAUGAGAAUGCGGCUAAAGCUUGCUCGUUUGACGAGCGGCUUUUUCAUCUUCCCCCAGGUGAAAACAUCGCUGUCGGACUUUACCUCCAGUCUUGGAAAUACUUCGAGAACGUUGUGCCGCAAGUGAAGAAACAGUUCACGUUUAAAACGCCAAUAUCCAAUAAAGCUGAACAAAUCAUCAGAAAAGCCUCAGCCGAUUUCUUUAAAACACAAACUUCUGUCGAUGGCACUGCGAAAAACAUUACAUUCGUUGGCAUUCAUGUUAGGCGCAGUGACAUUGUUAACGAAAAACGGUUUAGAGAUUUUGGCUAUCAGGUCGCUCCUAAACAAUACAUAGACAAAGCUAUGGCGUAUUUUACUAAGAAAUUUAUAAAUGUUCAAUUUAUGGUGUGCUCCGACAAUAUGACAUGGACACAGGCUAACAUUAAACAUCCAAAUGUCGUGUUUGUCCAUGGUAAUUCACCGGAAGUAGAUAUGAGCAUGCUCGUCCAAUGUAAUCACACAAUCUUGACCGUUGGCACGUUUGGUUGGUGGUCUGGGUUUCUGUCAGGAGGUAUAACUCUAUAUUAUAAGCAUCCAGUUCGGGAAGAUUCGGCAUUAAGAAAUGCGUUCUCUAAGAACUAUUCGGAUUAUUUUUAUCCAGGUUGGAUUGGAAUGGAAUAGAAUUCAACAAUCAUCAUAAUAAUUGUUCAGUGUUUGGGCUUCUGUUAGUGUACAAAUUAGGUGCAGAUUCUGGGCAGAGUGAUGGGGUAUACACCUCCCAAUUACUUAAGUUUUGUUUGUUUUUAUUUUUGUUUUGUUUGUUUGGGGGGGGGGGGGGGGGGGGGGGGGGGGGGGGGGGGGGGGGGUACAAUCAAUACUGUUACAUUUAUCACCAAUGGUAGGAUUGGUAUUAUUUACUGUGCUAUUAAAAGUGACUUCCAAUUAGACCUAGCCGGAUGUUAUUUGAUAUUUUGCUACCACGAACUUGAAAAAGAAAGAAAUGUUUUAUUUAACGACGCAUUCAACACAUUUUAUUUACGGUUAUAUGGAAAGAAAUAAAUGUUUUAUUUAA